ACAGGAAUUACUGUACCUACUUGAUUGCUUUUGGAAUAUCCAUCUACCGAGUUACUCGGUUGCAGAGCCAUCGUUGGCGGCUUACGUGGUCGGUCGCGACAUCGACCUGGUGUUUAGAUAGGCGCGUCAUUGAUUCGCCUUUGGCCAAGUGGUUGCCUCUCAACCACCGAAAGCAUCUGUCUUGGAUUGAAGGGCAGGCGGCAUUGAAUAUAUUCUCUCUGCAGCUUAACUUAUACCUACGCGAUGUUCUAUUCUGAGACGCUUCUUUCAAAGACCGGGCCUCUGGCUCGCGUCUGGCUAUCCGCCAACUUGGAGCGCAAGCUUUCAAAGUCACACAUCCUCCAGUCGAAUAUCGAAAGCAGUGUCAGUGCCAUUGUGGACCAAGGCCAAGCUCCCAUGGCUCUACGUCUAAGUGGUCAGCUUUUACUGGGUGUUGUCCGAAUCUAUAGCCGUAAAGCGCGUUAUUUAUUGGAUGAUUGCAACGAAGCACUAAUGAAGAUCAAGAUGGCAUUCCGGCUUACUAACAACAACGACUUGCCCGCCAAUGUGGCUUUACCCCCCGGCGGUAUCACUCUUCCUGAUGUGCUUACAGAAUCCGACUUGUUUAUGAACCUCGACACUUCAUCUCUUCUACUGCCCUCUAUCAAUUUGGAGUCCGACAGCAAGCGCCCUGGUACUGUCGACUUUGGCAGUCAAUUGUUAUCCGACACGCAACAUCUAGUAUCUCAAGAACCAGCCCGUCUGGAAGAUCAUACUCUGCUCGACCUCGAUCUUGGCGAGGACGACGCUCCUCUUGAUAACGACAUCAGUAUUGAAGUUGGUCGAGACGCUCCUCUUAUGCGCCCUGUUGAAGAGGAUCUGUUCAGCGAAGAAGGAAAACUUAACGAUGUCGACUUGAAUCUUGACCUUGGCGAGGAUGGUGCUCCACUGGGAGAUAUGGACCUCGAAGAAGAUAGCCACGACAAUAUUGACCGCUUCUUGAUGCCUGAUGACCCUAUGGACUUGGGUGUGGGCGAACUCGAUGUUCCCCAAGUGGAACCCGAGGCUGAAGCACGAUCACCACAGCCAUUAGUUGAUCGGUUUACAACCCCUCAGGCAGAUGUUGCGGCUGGUGAGGAUGAAGCUGCUGUGGAUGAACAAGAGGCUGCACGAGAAACACAGCGAGCCAAGCGACGAAAGAUCAUCGGCCAUGAUGUGGAUACACAGCUCAGUUCGGCUUUGAUCAAAAAACAUCAGGAAGAUCACGAGGAUAUUCUCAAGCCUGUUUCAUUCUUGCCUCGUGAUCCAGUGCUCUUAACACUCAUGCAAAUGCAAAAGAACGGCGAUUUCGUAUCCAGUGUUCUCGGACAGGACCGUGGCCGCGGAUGGGCACCUGAGCUCCGAGACAUGCUUUCGUUCGAAACCGUCCGGAAAGCUGGUGAACUCAAGCGCAAACGCGACAGUGGUGUAUCAGAUAUGGAAAUCGAUGAGGCAAAUGUACCUGCUCUGGAUCUUGGAGGAGAUGAAUCCGCUAUCAAUCUUGACGAAGGUAUCGGUCUUGAUACCACUCUUCAACAGGAUCAGAUUGAGUUUGGUGCCGAUAAUGAUGACCAACUCGGCAGUGAUAAUGAGGGUUUACAGCUUGACGAAUUUGACGAUACCAUUCACCCGUCCGAGACUGGUCCAGUAUCUCUGGGCACUCAGCAUGCUGUUCACCUCCUUCGCGAGCGGUUCGGUGGUUCUCAAGCUGCCGAGCCAGCCACACCACAGAAGAAGGGUGUAUUGUUCCAGAGUUUGUGCCCAGAGAAGACUACAACAAAAGCUGAUGCAACUAAGAUGUUCUUUGAGACGCUCGUUCUUGCGACCAAGGAUGCCAUCAAAGUUGAGCAAAGCCACAACAACAUUGGCGGUCCUCUCCGUAUCAAAGCCAAGCGUGGGCUCUGGGGUUCAUGGGCAGAGACCGAAGCUGGCGGCGAGAUAGCCGCUCAACAGGAGACCCAGGUUGCUGCUUAAUUGUUUACAACAUGACAAAAACAAAAUGGAACGGAUGAUAUCGGUGGCUUUGUUUAUAUGGCGUUACAAGGGGUCUUGGCUAUAAAAGGUUGCUUUACUGAAGCGUGCCUGCGUUAUGUACAGAUCUGAUUUUGCAAACUUGGACGUGUUUUGGCAAUGCUUGAAAAUUCUUGGGUCGGCUCUUUGGCGUAUAUACGUAUUGGCGACGGUGUUUGCUUCUACCUGGGUUCGUUUCCUGGACACUUUAUUUUUUUCUUUUGCUUUGGUAUUCUGUGUUUGGGUUCUUCUGACUUCCUCGCUUGAACUGCGAAGCAGUGAGUACUGUUGUUGAGUAACCGAUUGUAUGUUAGCAGUAGAUUCUAAUGAAUACAUUUCGCAGCC